AUUAAUGAAAAUGAAAGCAGCACUCUCUGUUUUGUGUCUUGUGUUUUUCGUUUUGGUUUUAGAGGCAUCAGAAACGAAACCAAUUUCUGAAAACUUCAUUGAAUGCCUUCGCAAUGGGACUACUCCGGAGAAUCCAAUCACCGAUGCCAUCUUCACCGUCGAUAACACCACCGACUUCUUGUCUUCCUACGUGUCAUACACGAAAAACAAGAGAUUCCCGAGCCCUGACCACAAAAAACUACUAGCCAUCGUAGUGGCGAAACAUGUAUCUCAUGUUCAGGCCACGGUGGUCUGCGCUAAGUCCGAUGGUAUCCAGAUACGUAUCCGAAGCGGUGGUCAUGACAACGAGGGCCUUUCUUACAUGUCAUCUGUGCCAUUUGUCAUUCUCGAUAUGCACAAUCUGAGGUCUAUUACGGUUGACUUGGCUAGCAAGAAAGCAUGGGUUCAAGCUGGCGCGACCUUGGGAGAGCUCUAUGUAAAGAUCAACGAGGCUAGCCAAACGCUAGCGUUCCCGGCUGGUAUUUGCGCUACAGUAGGAGCUGGAGGACACAUAAGCGGUGGAGGGUACGGAAAUCUGAUAAGAAAAUUCGGACUCACAGUGGAUCAUGUCAUUGAUGCUCAAUUAGUUGAUGUCAACGGAAACCUCUUGAAUCGAGAAACCAUGGGAGAAGAUCUCUUUUGGGCCAUUCGCGGCGGUGGUGCUGCGAGUUUUGGAGUUAUCCUCUCUUGGAAUAUCAAGCUCGUCGAGGUUCCAAAGAUCUUGACAGUGUUUAAGGUUAACAAAACAUUGGAAACUGGAGGGACUGAUGUUCUCUACAAGUGGCAGCUUGUCGCUAACAAAUUCCCUGAUAAUCUUUUCCUGAGAGCAAUGCCUCAGGUCGUAAAUGGAACAAAACACGGCGAGAGAACCAUCGCGGUUGUAUUCUGGGCUCAGUUCUUGGGUGAAACCGAUGAGCUGAUGGAGAUAAUGAACGAGAGCUUCCCUGAGUUAGGGCUAAGACGUGAAGAUUGUCAAGAAAUGAGCUGGCUUGACACGAUAUUGUUUUGGGCCAUGCAGCCGGCCGGUACACCGAAGAGCUUCCUUGUAGAUAGGCCUACGGAUCCAGUAUUCUUUAAGAGUAAAUCGGAUUACGUCAAAGAGCCAAUCCCCAAAGAAGGAUUGGAAAAGAUUUGGGAGACAAUGUUGAAAUUCAAAAAUAUUGUGUGGCUGCACUUUAACCCUUACGGUGGAAUGAUGGACCGGAUUCCGGCAAACGCCACACCGUUUCCUCACCGGAAAGGAAACUUGUUCAAGGUUCAAUACUAUACGACAUGGGAGGACGAGAACGCCACAGAGACUAAUCUAAGUUUGAUGAAGGAGCUUUACGAGGUUGCAGAACCGUACGUGUCAAGUAACCCGAGAGCAGCCUUCUUUAAUUACAGGGACAUCGAUAUUGGAAGCAAUCUAAAUGGUGAGACAGACGUGGAUGAGGCUAAGAUAUACGGGUACAAGUAUUUCUUGGAGAAUUUAAAGAGAUUGAUGCAAGUGAAAGCUAAGUAUGAUCCUGAUAAUUUCUUCAAGAACGAGCAGAGUAUUCCUCUUGUUCGUGAAAUGUAGUAAUGUUACUCUAUCAUCAAAAGUAGAAGUGGGUGGGAGAAAAGUAGAAUGAAGACUGAAGAGGGUAGAGGAAAUGUUUACUUUUCGAAAUCAACUUUAGUAAUAAAAAAGUCCUCUCUUAUCUUAUUCUCUAAGAAGGUCUUCAAGUCAUCAGAUCCCUAAUGUAUGUGUUAGACUUAAUUUUCCUAUAUAAUUUUCAUUAUUCU